AUGCCCCCCGAACGGACCAGGCAGAGGUAUAAUGCCAAGGCUCGCCAGUCUACUGCUGGUUCACACAAAAAGAAGGGGAGACACAGACGGGAUGGCCAAACAACUGAGGAAACAGUAGAUCCCAAUGCCGAGGUUAUAACGCACAAGUCUGUGGAAGAGAAGGAGCAGGAUAAACGAGAAAGGCUGAGACAAGAGCUCCUCGCCCAAUCUGAUUCCAAGGCGAAUAGCAAGAAGAAAAAGAGGCUCGAUAAGUACAUUGAGAAAAAACUCAAACAAGAAGAACGGGUUGUCCUCUUCGAGAAGCUAUCGAAGAGCCAGGCCCAGCUGUCUACCUCUUUCCAGCUGCAGUCUUCUUCUACUCUCGGUACCGGCAAAACUACGACGCACAAAGAGCUCCUGGAUAAACAGGAGGACAAAGAGGUUAGACGGGUGAUGGACGGUCGUAUGAAACGUGGUAAACGCCAGAGAAUUCUCGCCACGGCUACGGAAAGUAACAGUGAAGACAGCGACGAUGAUUUGGACGCGGGAACAAGCAAAGAGGAUAAGUGGGAGCAAUAUCACGCACAAGAAGGGUCGUCGAGAUCAAACCCUGUGGUAAUCGUUGAUUCUGGGUUUGCAACAGAAAUGCUGCCUCCUGAACCUCCCCAGCCAACUGCUCCAGUCAUUUCUGCCGUUGGAGGUGCUUUGAAGCGUAAUCCUGAUGGCUCUAUUGUUGCACCUAAAAUUGGGAAACGGAAGCGCAAAUCCACAAAGUCUUCACGGUCCUCAUGGGGAGCUAAAGGCACUGCUCAGACUGUUGCUUCGCCUAUCCAAGAGGACUCGGACGAUUCAUUUGAUAGCUCCGACUCUGCAUACGACACUCAUGAGAGCGAGAACGAACUUGAUGAUAGAAGUGAGGACGAAAAUGCGUACGAUCGAAAAUCUGGCAUGGACGACUCAUCUGGGUCUGGAGACAGUGACUCGGGACAGGAGUCUCCAGAAGAGGACCUGCCUGUCGCAAAACCCAAGAAGGCAGGAUUCAAAGAAUGGGCACUACAACAACUCAGCACCGCUAAAGGCUACGUUGCCCCCGCUGUGCCACGCUCGCCUACGCUGCCACUAUCUGAAACAAGUGGAGAGCCUGCACCACCAAAGAAGAAGCGGAAGACCGAGCUAUCCCAGCCUGGCGAGAUGCGUGGACCUCUUGGCGAGGAUCUCCAACUACCAGCCACGUCGUUCGCUAAACACGUACAAGAAAUUGCUUACGCAUCUCAUGCUGAUGCUACCGCGCAGAACAGGAAGGCCAUAUCCGUCACACGGCCUCCGGAGGUGCAGAAAGCAAGAAUAUUGCUGCCCAUUGUCGCUGAGGAGCAGCCGAUCAUGGAGGCUAUUCUGCUAAAUAACGUCGUGAUCAUAUGCGGUGAGACGGGAAGCGGAAAGACGACCCAAGUCCCACAGUUCCUGUAUGAGGCCGGGUUUGGUUCUCUUGAGAGUGAUAAUCCGGGCAUGAUAGGCAUCACACAACCGCGGCGUGUAGCAGCCAUAUCCAUGGCUGCACGGGUAGCACACGAGUUGUCGUUGCCGCCUUCUCGAGUAUCCUAUCAAAUUCGCUAUGAUGCUACAGUUGCGCCGACAACCUCUAUCAAAUUCAUGACGGACGGUGUCUUGCUGCGCGAGCUGGCAACAGAUUUCCUGUUAACGAAAUACUCGGUAGUCAUCAUAGAUGAGGCACACGAGAGGAGCAUGAACACAGACAUCCUGAUUGGCGUUUUGAGUCGUGUCAUCCGGCUCAGGGAGGAUAUGUGGCGCAAGGACCAGGGCGGAGUCAAGCCACUACGGCUGGUUAUCAUGUCUGCAACCCUACGGGUAUCCGAUUUCGCGGAGAACAAGACGUUGUUCUCGUCACCUCCACCUAUCAUAAACGUCCCGGCGCGCCAACAUCCAGUGACGAUUCAUUUCAGCCGACGCACGUCCUCUGACUACGUCACAGAGGCCAUCAAAAAGGCGAGCAAGAUCCACGCGCGGCUCCCGCCAGGCGGGAUCCUCAUCUUUCUUACGGGGCAGAACGAGAUCACAGGCGUGUGCCGAAAGCUGGAGGCGAGGUAUGGCCGUAAAGCACUGGAGGCCAAGCGAAAAAUGAGACGCGCGGCACAGAAACGUCUGAUUGAGCGGGCGGAUGCGGAGGACGAGGCGACUGCAAGACAAGCGACCGUCGCUCCUGUGCAAGUUGACAUAGAGCCUGAAGACAUUGACCUUGGGGCCACCGGGCAGGAUCCCGCCGAUUUGGCAUUAGACAUUGAUGGCGAUGUCACUACAGUCGAGGACCCGGAAGCACUCGAUACCGACGCUGAAUUAGACGAUGAAGAGCUAGGUAUCGACUCGGAAGAAACGGAUACCCCUAUGCACAUUGUCCCUCUGUAUGCCCUGCUUCCUAGCGAAAAGCAGACACAGGUCUUCCAGCUUCCACCACCAGGAACCAGGCUGGUUGUGGUUGCGACGAACGUUGCCGAGACUUCCCUCACCAUUCCCGAUAUUCGGUACGUUGUGGAUUGUGGAAGAGCGAAGGAGCGACGAUACGAUGUCGUAAACGGUAUUCAAGCAUUCCAAGUGAGCUGGAUAUCCAAGGCGUCCGCAGCACAGAGAGCUGGUCGUGCUGGCCGGACGGGACCCGGCCACUGCUACCGAUUGUACUCAUCGGCGCUCUAUGAACAGUAUUUUGAUCAGUUCUCUCAACCUGAAAUCUUACGCGUGCCCAUUGAGGGGGUAGUCCUGCAGAUGAAGAGCAUGAACAUUGACGCUGUCGUCAAUUUCCCCUUCCCGACACCCCCGGACAGAACUAGUCUCAGCAAGGCAGAGACGAUUCUGAGCCACCUGGGUGCCCUGAAAUCCAAGUCGAGCGCUUCUAUUGUCCUUGGAGGUUCUAUUACCGAUAUAGGCAAGGCGAUGGCACUCUUCCCACUCUCGCCACGAUACUCUAGAAUGCUAGUUAGCGGGCGACAACAUGGCUGCUUACCCUAUGUUGUUACGAUCGUGUCGGCCUUGUCUGUCGGUGAUCCGUUUUUGCGUGAGGAAGCACUCCAAGCGGACGAGGUAGAAUCUGAUGAGGACGAAAAUGCUCCACCGCAGCUUUCCAGUGAGGCUGGAAAAGCGAAGGAAGCCCGAAGACAGCGUCGUCGCGCUUACUUUCAGUCACAACAGAUACAUGCGUAUCUUGGGAAUUCUACUAGUGAUGUCAUGCGGAUACUGUCGGUCGUUGGUGCGUACGAAUACGCGGGGGGUGGUCACCAAUUUUGCUCGGAACACUUUGUCAGACCAAAGGCGAUGGAAGAGAUCCACAAACUUCGUGCGCAGAUUAGUAACAUUGUCCAGGCGAAUUUCCCCGACUCCGAAACGAGGUUAUGGUCCACCCUCAAUCCCCCGAGCAAUCUACAGCUCAAAGUCCUCAGACAGCUGAUAGCGGCUGGGUUCAUAGACCAAAUUGCUGUUCGCAAAGAUCUUGUUCAAGGCGGAAGUGCAUCCGGCGAAAAGUACACGACAUCAAAAGGUGUUCCGUACCAAGCGAUCGGUGUUACAGAUGAUGUUUUCAUACACCCAUCCUCAGUCUUAGCGCAUGUACCUCCUCCCGAUUAUGUUGUUUUCCUCGAAAUUGUUCGCACCUCCCGAGUGUGGAUCAAAGGCCUUACUGUUGUGAACGCCGCUUGGUUGUCAAGCCUUGGCAGAAGUCUCUGUACAUUCUCAAAGCCAAUCAAAGGCAAAGAUGGCCGUUCUAUGGUGAUUCCACACUUUGGGCCAGCCGGGUGGGAGUUACCCGCCGUUGAGGCGUCAUCCCAAAUUCCUAUGAUGCCCGAGUAA